CAAGUGCAGAGGAGAGAAACCUAAAAGUAAAGUUCUUUGCGGCAAAGGCCCUGUAGAUCAGGACACACCUCAACAACUUGUAUGAGUUAAUAAAACUUAAGGAAUUAACUUCAGCAGAUAUGAGCGUAUUAAAAGACUGACUUCUGGGAUUGUUCAAGCUUGGGUUGGGAGGUCAUUUAGAAAACGGAGGAACAGGGAGUGAUCUGUGUGGGAGGAAGAAUAAAAAAAUGGUGGCACCUUCAUUGUGAGCCGUGAGUUAGGUGUGAUUUGUACAGACUGCAGCGUGCGUGUGAACUGGUCUCCAGUUUGGUUGCAGGUUUCUGCUGAGCAGAACGUGUGGUGUCUUGAUUUGACUUGACUGCUGCUAGAGAUAGGUUAUGGACUCCACUACACUGCUGUCUGUGGUAAGCGGGGCUCUCCUCCUGUCAAUCAUCCUUGUAACCAGUCUUUGUACAUACUGCUGGCGGCAUAAACAGCCAACAUCCAUCCCUCAGAGGUCCAGUGACUCUAGUCCAGAAUACAACUCAACAUUUGUGGUCCGGCAUCCCCAGUCGACAUAUGCACCUCAUCCAGACCCUCACAGAAUAAUCAAUGUACCUUACCCACUACCCAAUUCACUCAGUUCACCAUCUAUUACUGUCACAAAGGUGCCCUCCUGUCCUCCCUCAGAAACUGGAAGUCAAGCCAGUUAUGUGAAUCAAAACGGUGAGGAGGGAAGCAACAUUCAUGUCGAUGACCAUGACAGUGAAGAUGAGCGGGAUGUUCAGCCUCCAGGUGACUACAUAACUGUGAUUCCAGAUCCCCCACAUUCCCCAGGCAAACAGCCUUCAUCCCAGAGUUCAGAUAAUACAAAUAAUUACAUCAAUGAGUUAAGUGGCUCUGAGGAUGACUCCAUCUCAGACAGUCACGAUUAUGAAAAUUUCAAAAAUUCUUCAGACCUCCAAAUCCAAAACGCUUGUCUGUCCCGUGGAAGUAUGAGCAGUGAUGAUGACCAGGGCAGCUCUGAAUAUGUCAACACAGCUUAACUCAUAAUAAUCAAGGAUCCUUUUAUCAAGUGAUGUUGAUUAGAGGCCUAAAAAUCAUCCUGAGUCUCCAGAUGUACCCAUGCUUUGAAUUUUGAAGUGGAGCACCACAGAGAAAGCACUGAACCACUGUCACCUCACAGAAAACUUCACUUCCUUCCUCAAUCCUUAUGACAAUCUGCUGACGAUACCUGAGAAUUGUAUUUUUUAAACAUUUGCUAUUUACGACGUAAUGCAUCCUGACUUUUGCUUCCAAAAAUAUGAGCGCACCAGAGAAUUUUCUUUGACUCCAUGUAAUAUACAGCUUUUAAUAUACGGUCAUAAAUGUUUAUAAACUUUAGUUAUUGGCUUGUAUAUUGGGAAAUAAAAGUUUUACUAAUUUA